UGCAUUGUGCGAGGGAAGGCCUAGUUUGAAGAGGCGGAUGAUUUUAUCACCUCAUUUUUUUCUCUCUACAGAAUGCGUUCUGGCUGGGUCCCCUGCAUGGUGGCUCUGCUACUGAAUCUGACUGGGCUGGGUUCCUCCCUGACUCGAGGCACAGACUCUCCAGAAGAUUUUGUGAUUCAGGCAAAGGCUGACUGUUACUUCACCAAUGGGACAGAAAAGGUGCAGUUUGUGGUGAGAUUCAUCUAUAACCUGGAGGAGUACGCCCGUUUCGACAGUGAUGUGGGGAUGUUUGUGGCCCUGACGGCGCUGGGGCAGCCUGAUGCCGAGCGGUGGAACAAUCGGCCCGAUAUACUGGAGACGAGCAGGGCGUCGGUGGACACGCUCUGUAGACACAACUACAGGCUGGGCGUGCCCUUCACCGUGGGGAGAAAAGUACAACCAGAGGUGACAGUGUACCCAGAGAGGACCCCAUCGCUGCAGCAGCACAACCUGCUGCUCUGCUCUGUGACUGGCUUCUAUCCAGGGGACAUCAACAUCAGAUGGUUCCGGAAUGGGCAGGAGGAGAGAGCUGGGGUCUUGUCCACUGACCUUAUCCGGAAUGGAGAUUGGACCUUCCAGACUGUGGUGAUGCUGGAAAUGACUCCUGAACUUGGAGAUGUCUAUACCUGCCUUGUUGAUCAUCCCAGCCUGCUGAGCCCUGUGUCUGUGGAGUGGAGUGCUCAGUCUGAUUAUCCUUGGAGAAAGAUGCUAAGUGGAGUUGCUGCCUUCCUGCUUGGGCUGGUUGUCUUUCUGGUGGGGAUUGUCAUCCACCUUAGGGAUCAGAAAGGUUAUGUGAAGACACAGAAGUCUGGUGAUGAGGUAAUGUAUAUUUCCUUGCCUUUGGGUGGCAGAGCAUUCUCUUGUUUCUUUGGCCAGAGGAGACACUAUGGGGAUAAGGAGGCAUAAGGUUGACUCUGGCUGGGUGGUACUGUUUCCUGAGUCCCUGAAAUGGGAGGGUCGAGCUGCCUCAUGACCCUUCAUCACUGUCCUCACAGGUCUCAAGAACUGUUCUCCUCCCACAGCCAUGGGGAGAACCUCCUCUCACAGGUUCUCAUUGAAGUUUCUCACUCUGGAGCUUGAAGUAGUAGCAAGUGGCCUGAGUUUGAGGUGAGGUAAAGGACAUUGAUGAGACCAAUGUUCUUGGGGUGACUCUUUCCUGUGAUCCUUGGAGGGAUCCCCAACCAAUUCUAGAGUUUUGUGUUCCAAGAUGAUGUGUCUCCCACCCAUGUGGCCUUCUUCUUCCCACUCGUAUACAUCAUUAAUCCCCAUUACCUAGAGCACUGUCUCCUAAGGCCUAAUGCCUUCCAGCCUCAAAGCAUGUACUUUUACUUUUCUGUGGUCCAGUUGUAACCCUGUAAGUCAUGAUACUAAAUCUUUCUCUUUCCAACUGCAAUCCCAGUCUUCAAAAGACAAAUGCUCAGUCACCUGUUUCUUUUCACUGUUUUUAAGAAACUUUUUAUUAUAAAAUAAAACAGAGAUACAGAUAACCACAUGGAAUGUACAAUUUAAUGAAUUGUUUAAGGCAAAACCCCUGUAACCACCAUUCAGAUCAAGAAACAGAACUUUGCCAGUAACAGCCAGAGUCUUCAUGUGCCUCAGGUCAAUCAAAACCUGUCCUCCCCUCAAAAGUAAUUGUACAGGACCCUCGAGGUAACUUCACUAUUGUAUUUCUUUCUUUCUUUUUUUUAUUUUCACACAUACAUGUGUUCAUUAGGCUUCCACUUUAUGCCUUCACAAAAUUAAAAAGGCUUAAACUUUAACAACAAUAACAAUGUUUAAGACGCUAUUGUAUUUCUUUGUAUUCUAUCACCACGCAUGCGUUCCUGGACACUACAGCUUGGUUGCCUUUUUUGGCUCUUAUACUUCACAGGUUUCUCCCUCUUCCUUUUCUCUUCCUUAUGAUUAAUCUGUGGAAAAGCUUUUUGAGCUGUAGAAUUUCCCACCCUCUGGAUUUUUCCAACUGCAUACACAUGGUGCAGUGGGAUAUGUCCUGUGUCUUCUGCAUUUCAUGCAAAUUGUCACCUAAAUACAGAGGCUGGAUCAGACUCUGGUUUGAUCAUUUUGGAAAAUCUGUAGGCAGUGUUGCAGUUUUUCACCAUGAGAUGCCUAAUGUCAGCUGUUUCUCUUUUUGUUUGCUAGUAACCACUGAUGCUCAUUGUCUCACUCUUUGAAUUUAAUGGGGAAUGCAGAAUGGUGAUAGUCUAAUUCUAUCAUUCCGUCUUCAUUUAUUGGCUUUAUUACCUCUAUGGAGAGACACUUCCUUUCAUUUACUAGUGCAGUGGUUUUCAACCUUCCUAAUGCCCCGUCCCUUUAAUACAGUUCCUCAGGCUCGGCGCCUAUAGCUCAAGUGACUAGGGUAUCAGCCACAUACACCAGAGCUGGUGGGUUCAAAUCCAGCCUGGGCCCACCAAACAACAAUGAUGACAACUACAACCAAAAACAAACAAACAAAAAUAGCCAGGCGUUGUCGUCCCAGCUACUUGGGAGGCUGAGGCAAGAGAAUCACUUAAGCCCAAGAGUUGGAGGUUGCUGUGAGCUGAGACGCCAUAGCACUUUACCCAGGGUGACAACUUGAGACUCUGUCUCAAAAAAAAAAAAAAAAAAAAUACAGUUCCUCAUGUUGUAGUGACUCCCAACCAUAAAAUUAUUUUUGUUGCUACUUCAUAACUGUAAUUUCCUACUGUUAUGAAUUGUAAUGUAAAUAUCUGAUAUGCAGGAUGUAUUUUCAUUGUUCACUACCCACAGGUUGAGAAGUGCUGUACUAGUGGGUUACUCACUGGUAAUGUGGAAAGGCAGGAUCGAUGUUUAACUCUCCUUUUAUUUGCCAGUUGCUUAGAAAACACUCAGACUGUUUCUCCUCUGCUCUUACAUGACAGCAGUCAUUAACACAGAAGAGUUCUAUGAACAAAUGCAAGGAUAUUUUUUCUUCACACACCAAACAGCAGAUACUGUGGGUAUCCUCUAAUUCAAUUCCAACACUAUCAACCUACUGCAUUUUCUGCAUAGAUCUGGAAUUAGCCAUUCCACCCCUCCCUCCAAAAUUCCUGGUUUAUUUUAGAGGGAAAUGUCAUUUAAGACUGUCCCUACCCACUUUCAGAUACCUAUUACAAGUAUCUGGGCCUCUGGAAAUUCUGAGCUACCAACUUCAAGUUGGGGUUCCCACAACACCCUUUUUGCAUUUGAUCAAUAUUUUUGCGUGGCUCUAAGAACUCAGAGAAAUACUUACAUUAUCUGGUUUAUUACAAAGGAUAUGCAAAGGCUACAGAUGAAGAGAUGUGUAGGACAAGGUAUAGGGGAAGAGGCUUGGAGCUUCCAUGCCCUCCCUAGGUGCACCACCCUCCAAGAACCUCCACAUGUUCAGCUAUUUGGAAGCUCUCUGAAGCCAGUCCUCAACUCUGUUGAAAUGUGACCAGCCUCCAAAGUAUGGGGCAGCAGCCUCUCUGGAAUGAGGAUUGUAUUAGCCACAGUCAGAAGGGUGGAGGAAGACUGGAGUCCUGCCUCUGGGCAGGUGAAAGGAAGGCAGGAGAAGGCCAGAGAGAUUCUGUCUCCUGAAGCCUCGGGUGCCCAUCAUUAUAACCAAAGACUGUAAAGGGCUAUGAGAACUACAAGCCAGAAACUGUGGGCGGAACCAAUGUAUGUAUCCUAAUGCUACAUGAGUUUUCAAGUUAGUGCACUGGGUUUCCUACCAUAAUCCACAAGAUUUUACUUUUCUUUCAUUAUGUUAUCAAUGUAUAAUAAACAGAAGGAUUUAAGUAUAUUUGAUAGGUUUUGAUCUGUUGCAGUUUUUAACCUUGUUGAAGAUAAAAUUUCUCUAAGUGGCUACUUGAAGUUUCCACUUACCAAAAAUGAAACCAAGUUCCUUGGACACAAGGCUUUUGAUAGUUUCUUUGUUAUCUGGUAUGACAAGGUGUUUCUAAUUCAUUCUGUGCAUUUUCUGUCUAGACCUGGAUCAGCCAUUUAUUCCAGAAAUCCCAGGUUUAUUCUAGAGGGAAAUGUCAUUUAAGACCAUAAUCCAGAGUUAGGGUGCUUUGUCCUGCUGAGCUCCCAGCAGGAGUUGCCCCAAAAGCCUCAAUAGGAGAGUUCCCAUGAUGCCCCACAUUAUUGCAAGAUGGGUCAGUUGGGCUUGCAAAGAAAGAAGCACUAAAUGCCAUGGUGACUGGUCCACAGCAUUUAUUAGGGAAACUUAUGUACAGAGUGGGCUGCUGAGUCAUAGCCUCAGAGGGAGAGACAAAAAAGGGAUGCUUUACCUGGGAGUGUCCACAACCAGGGGGCCAGGGUAUGGCGUCUGUGUGAGAGUUUAAGAAGUUUGGCUCAGGGCUGGGACCAGUUUCUUUUCACAUUUGGGGCAACAACUUAGACACCUUUAUCAGUGUCUGGGAAUGUUCAAGGCCAGGUUUGGGUUGAAGCCUGCUGGGAAAAACUCACAGCUGGCUGGGUCACAGCGUGGGUCAGGGUACUCUGAUUUUUCAAUCAAGACACAGAAAGAAAGCAGGGGUUGGGAGGAGUUUAGGGGACCAUGGAAAUUGGUCCUUGUGUCAGACCUUUUGAUUGGAAAUAAAAAAUAACAUUUAUAUAUGUACAAUUUUUAAACAAGUUAAUCUCUUCUAUAUUACAUCUGUAUCUCCUUUCUUUUCUACCAAGAAUUCUGGUUUUCAGGGACACAGGGACAGAAUUAGAAAGUCCAUACUCAUGCAUUUGCUUUCCCUAAAUUAACAUCCAUAACAGUCUAAGGAUCACAACACUCAUACCACCAACAAAAUGAUUACUGAAAAUAGUUGAAUUGUUUUUGGCCUUUGUUCUUCCCAUAAUCCCUCCUUUCAUAGUUGAACUAUACCUACAUUAGUGGAUCCUAUACCGUUACAUAGACUGCUUGGUCCCCUUUUACUCUUAGUCCUGUGAGUAGUGGUACCUUCGAUGCUCACCAUUGUUUCUUAUGCUGAUGUCCCUGUUGUGUGGUGGUUUUCAAGGCUUGGUCCAUGGACCUCUGGGGGCUUCUGGGAUCCUUCCAAGGGGUCUGUGAGGUCAAACUAAUUUUGUAUCAAUACUAAGAUAUUACCCUCCCUGGAGGUAAUGGAGUGGGGCCACAUCUAUGGUGCAUCUUAGAAUGGGUACAGGUGAAACUUACUAAAUACAGAAUACAAAUGCCUACAUACAGCAACUAAGAAAAUGCCAUGAAGGCUAC